CAACGUCUCCCAAAUGGAUCCUCAGAGAUAAAAUAAAAUAAAAAACAGUGACAAAGUCCAGGUUUGCGCGCGUUGGGAAACCCUAGGCGCAGUGCGCACAAGGCCCUUCUCCCUCGGCGCAUUUUAGCAACCGAACUCCCUCUUCUGCAACUCUUCUUCUUCAUCAAAGCUUCACUCAAUUCCGAGAGAGAGAGAGAAUUAUGGGAAGCACCUUUCUCUCUCCGCCAGUUAAACGCUCCGCACCCGACCCUAACCCUUUUUCAACCAACGGAUCUUCCAAGCGUUCCAGGUCAUCCAGGCCACCGCCGCCGCUCCCGGUGCCGUCCGGCCACGUGGCCUUCCGCCUCCUCUGCAAUUCCUCCCGCAUCGGCGGCGUAAUCGGCAAGUCCGGCUCCGUCAUCAAGACGCUCCAGAAGUCCACCGGCGCCAAGAUCCGAAUCGAGGACGCGCCGCCGGAGUCGCCGGACCGCGUCAUCCUUGUCAUCGCCGACGCCGUGCUCAGUGGCGAGGUCGUGCUGAGAAACGAAGAGGUCGUGAAGGUUUCGAAGGCGCAGGAAGCGCUGCUGAAGGUGUUCGAUAGAAUCCUCGAUGUGGCCGCGGAGACGGAAGGCCUCGAGGUUGGGGACCGCAUGAUGUCCUGCCGGCUGGUGGCGGACUCCGCGCAGGCCGGUUCUGUUAUUGGCAAGGGAGGGAAGGUGGUGGAGAGGAUCAAAAAAGACACUGGAUGUAAAAUUAGGGUUCUGAAUGAUGAUUUGCCGCCAUGCGCCUCGGCUUCUGAUGAAAUUAUUGAGAUAGAAGGCAGAGUGUCAUCUGUAAAGAAGGCACUUAUUGCAGUCUCGCGACGUCUUCAAGAUUGUCCUUCUACUGAUAGAACAAAGAUGAUGGGAAGCAAACCUUAUGAUAUGGUUCAGUAUGAACCAUUAGAUGCACUUCCUCGUGAGACUUUAACUGCUGCUCCACACGGGGCUUUAACAGCAGUACCUCGAGAGACUGUAGAUCAUCUUUUUCUGAGGAGCUCUGCACUGUCUACGCUAUCCAGUUGCUCUAACAGCUAUGCCACAAGAGUUCAUUCACUGCCAGUGGAAGUUGAUAGAGUCUCAUCCCUGGAACCAAAAGCCCUUCAGCAGGAAGUCACCUUCAGAAUACUUUGUUCAAGUGAUAGAGUUGGUGGAGUUAUUGGAAAGGGAGGCAGUAUUAUUAAAGCUCUUCAAAGUGAGACAGGGGCAACAAUAAGUAUUGGUCCUUCAGUAACUGAGUGUGAUGAUCGAUUAAUUACUGUUACUGCUUUAGAGAAUGUCGAGUCAAGAUAUUCCCCGGCCCAAAAGGCUGCUGUGCUUGUUUACUCCAGGUCCAUUGAGGCUGGUUUUGAGAAGGGGCUAGACUCUGGAUUAAGUAAGGGGUCAACUGUUACUGCACGUCUUGUAGUUCCAUCAAGCCAAGUUGGUUGUUUGUUAGGAAAAGGUGGAGUGAUAGUAUCAGAAAUGCGAAAGGCAACCGGGGCUAGCAUAAGAAUGAUUGGGACUGAUAAGGUGCCAAAAUGUGCAUCAGAUAAUGAUCAAGUUGUACAGAUAUCAGGAGAUUUUUCAAGUGUGCAAGAUGCUUUAUAUAAUGCAACUGGUAGACUGCGAGAUAAUCUGUUUGCCAGCACACAGAAUAGUGCUGGAACCAGGAGCCUUUCUUCUGUACGAGUUGAUACCAGUCCAUAUGGAAGACCGCAGGAUGUUGUUCCUCAUGGAAGCCAAUCUCUUGCUGCCACUUCUCAUAGUAUGAGUAGACAUACUUUUGCUCAAGGCAUUGAUCAUCUUGCUCUUUCUAGAAGCUUAGAUCGCCCUGCUUCACCAGGGUUGUGGAUGUCACCACAGACAGUGGCUGGGAUAAAUUCAAGAGGCAUUAAUGAUGUUAGUUGGGGAUUGACAUCUCGGAAAGGUGGCUUAGAACUUGUCAGUGGAAGUAAAUCUGCUAUAGUGACUAAUACGACCGUAGAAAUUGUGGUUCCUGAUGAUACUAUUGACUCUGUAUAUGGGGAAAAUGGUAGCAAUUUGGCUCGUCUGAGACAGAUAUCGGGUGCAAAGGUGGUUAUCCGCGAACGUCCUGGAACAACUGACAGGACUAUCGUCAUUUCCGGUUCACCUAAUGAGACUAAAGCAGCGCAGAGUCUUCUACAAGCUUUUAUUCUUAGUGGAUCAUGACAUAUGGCCCAUUAUUUAUGGCUGUACUGUUUUCUCUUUUCCUUUUUGUCACCACCUGAAAUCGUGUAAUAUCCAGCCUUGUAUUAUUCCUAAACCCCAUCUUUGGUUAGUCCCGAUAGUGUAGUAAUUUAACAUCAAUCGCUUGAUUCUUUAGUGCAUACCUUAGUUACAGUAAGCAAGCCUUUCAUUCAACAAUUUUCGUGCGUUCAUCUGGUUUCUUUUUAAGUUCUUUCCUGCUCA